CUGGUUUACUACAUAGAGAACAUUGGCUGAAACCCCAAAGCUCGCACUUUAUUCCAAACAAUGCAACCCAGUUUCAAAGUAUUAACCCACUCUUGCGAAAUUCCAUGUCUAGGAGAGACAAACGCCUUUCAUGACACGGAAAAGUCCACAGAACAUGCUAUGGUUUUGAUUAGCUUAUCUUGAAACAAUGUAUUUCACUGCUUCAGGUAUUUAUAGAACACUUUAGAUUCACGGUCCUUCAUUAAUCCUUGCCGAAUUUAGUUUUCGGGUCUAAAAUUAUUUUGGCAUUUGUUUUUAUUUGGAAACAAUUUCAUUGAUCGGUACUAAGCCUUGCCGGAACCCAUUUACAUUGUCUAGCUCUGAAGCACUUUGGGAUUGAGUAACAGACUUGUUACUGUAAAUGCACAGAUCUCUAUACUCAAGACAAUUCAGACUUCUGCUAACGUGUUUAACAAUCACGGAUUCUAUAACGAGCUGCAGUCAGAUCGAAUAAUCUUCGAGUUUAUCUGCUGGUGCGGCUGAAUCCUGUGGGCCAGAACUGUUUGAUCGUGCGUUCCAUUUGCAUUGCAAUAUAGGCGGGUCUAUAAUAACUUAUAAUAACUUAUAACUUAAUACACUAGUGGUCUUGUGGGUAGUAGUCCCAUUCUACACUCUAAUCUCAUGCGCAGUAUGAGCGGCAAGGACGACAUUCCCUCUGGCUUCCAGGACCUCGAAGAAGUUGAAGCGCCUUUCGAAGUUCGAAAUGUCGUCAUCAAAAGUCCCCCCGAGACUGUGGACAAGUACUACAAAGCUCACGAGGAAUUGGGGUCGGGUAAGUUCGGCCGGGUGGUGCGCUGCUCCGAAAUAGUUUCGGGUCGCACACUCGCCUGCAAGUACAUCGAUCUCAAAAUGAGCAAAAUCGGAGACAUUCUCAACGAAAUCGCCAUCAUGCAGAAAUUGCAACAUCCGAGACUGUUGCAACUCUACGACGCCUUUCAGGAGUCGACUCGGAUGAUUUUGAUUCUGGAGUUUCUGACAGGAGGCGAGUUGUUCUACAGAGUCGUGAACACCGAGUACUCGGAGCGCACAUGCAAGUUCUACCUCAUACAGUUGUGCGAGGCACUGAAGUUCAUGCACGACCACAGUAUCAUCCACCUGGACUUGAAGCCGGAAAAUAUCCUCCUAGUCAACCCAGAGAGCAACAAGAUCAAAGUGAUUGAUUUUGGCCUGGCCCAGGAGCAGAAGCCAGGAGAGUCUCUAAAGGUGCUCUGGGGCACAGCAGAGUUUGUGGCACCCGAAGUCAUCAACUACGAAGACAUUUCAAUCAAAACAGAUAUGUGGAGCGUAGGCGUGAUCACUUACAUUCUGCUCAGUGGAAUCUCUCCCUUCAUGGGCGAAAAUGUGGGCGAGACGUAUGGAAAUGUGGUCAAUGUUCGAUAUGACUUCGAUGACGAAUCAUUUGAGACCUGUUCACCCGAGGCAAAAGUGUUCAUACAGGAUCUGCUGAUAAAAGAGCAAUCUAAGCGCAUUUCAGCUGAUGAGGCUCUGAAGCACAGAUGGCUGCAGGAGAUCACUUCCAACGUGGGCAAGAGUUUCAACAAGGACAAGUUGAAGAACUACCUCACAAGGCGCAAGUGGAGACGGGCCAUCAAUGGAGUGCUCGCGCUCCAACUCAUGGGCGCCGACCUGGACAUGCGGAAGUAGUACCAUGGCAAAAAAUAUUUCAAACUGCAGAACAACAACCAUUGAAGGAUCAAUAAACUCAAUCAAACUCCAUAGGUUCCCCUACCUCAACUCCUAACCUCAAUAUAAAUAGGACCCUAUUUGGUAGAAAAAAAGAAACAUUGGUAUGCGAAACGUUGAGACAAACGGUAUUUUUGGGUUAGUGUUAGAACGGUGGACCGCAUAAAUUUGAAUUUUUCAA